AAUGACGUAAGACGCGUAAAACAAGAUGGCGACGUCUUCAACAUAGAUCUGCGUGAAUGAUUGUAUCGGUGUAAAGACGGCCUCUUUUGAGGCACAGGUGUGUGUAUCGCACUAUCCGAACAACAAUAGACGCGGGGCAGUCCUUAUUUGUAUUUUGGGCGUUCAGCUACGCCCCCGAACCGUGCGCGGAUACUGUUUCUGUUCCCGUCGGGCGAAGACCGGGGAGGUGAUCCUCUGACAGGAAUGGAAGGAGGAGAGUUUAUAUCGCCCAUGGAGAACAUGGACCCGACUUUGGCCGAACUGGGCGAUGAAUUUACACUGGGAGACAUAGACGAGAUGCUGCAGUUUGUCAACAAUCAAGUUGGAGAUUUUCCAGAUCUUUUUGAGGACCAGAUUCAACAGGCAGCUUCUGUGCAGGGCAACAAUGCCCCCCAGAGGCCUGUGCUUCAGACCCCCCAGCCCAUUCAGACGUCUCACACCUCUGCCCCCACUGCCUUCCAGAGCUCAGCCACCCCCCUGGCACCAACCCAAAUCCUCUCCCCCCAGCCUGUCCCCUUGACCCCUCCCCUCACACCAGCUCAGACUCCCUCCCCUGUUACAGUGGUUUCUUGCGGGCAGCAGGUGACACGCAGCCCACCCCUCCUUCAGCCAAGACCUGCAACCAUUCAGCAAAUCCAGCCUCAGCUACAACACACGGCUCAGCCCACCAUCCAGAUGCAUACACAGGGGAUCCCCAUGCAGACCCAGAACUUUCCUGUGCACACCAUCGUCCAAACGCACACUCAAACAGCCCUGCCCAUCCAGACUCAAGCUCCUCAGACGGUCAUGAUCGCCUCCAAUGGAGGGCAGUCCCGCUUCAUCCAGAACCAAGUCAUCUGCCACCAGAGCCCGGCACCAGGUUUUCAAGUCCUACAACCACAAGUACAGAGCAUUAUGACAUCACCACAGCUUCAGCCUGUGACCAUCCAACACCAGCGUGUCCUCACCCCUGCCGGACAAACAAUACAGACCCUCUCCACAGCGCCCACUACAGUCCAUACUAUGCAACAGCCAAUGCAACAGGUUCAACAAGUCCCAGUCCUCGUGCAGCAGCCUCAAAUUCUAAAAACGGACUCACUGGUGCUUACAACACUGAAACCAGAUGGGACACAAGUGCUAUCAACCAUGCAGACCCCAGGGAUCACCACGUUAGCUGCACCUAUCCAAAACACUGCUCUACAAGUGCCGACUUUGAUGAGUAGCAACAUCCUGACCACAGUCCCAGUUGUGAUGGGAGGAGGGGACAAAUUACCUAUAAAGCAGCUUCAAACGGCCUCAGGACAGUGCACCAGUGCACCCAGAGCCAAUCUGGACCACCUGACCGCUGGAGGACUGAUUCAGGGAGGAGUGGUAAAGGAGGGGGAGAAGAGGAGUACCCACAACAUCAUUGAGAAAAGAUAUAGGUCCUCCAUCAAUGACAAGAUUGUGGAGCUCAGAGACUUGGUCAUGGGCAACGAUGCAAAGAUGCACAAGUCAGGAGUUCUGAGGAAAGCUAUUGAUUACAUUAAAUACUUGCAACAGGUCAACCAUAAACUAAGGCAGGAAAAUGCAGCACUGAAGAUGGCCAACCAGAAAAACAAGCCCCUGUCUCUGUCUGAAGAGAUGGAGCUUAAACAGGAAAUAGUGAUGAUGUCCCCCCCAGCCUCAGAUUCAGGGUCAGGCUCCCCUCCCCAGUUCUCCCCUUACUGUGUGGACUCUGAGCCAGGCAGUCCAUUAAUGGACCAUGACCAGGUGAAGAGUGAACCUGAUUCUCCCUCUUCAGUGGGAGUCAUGGAUGGCUCACGUCUUCUGCUUUGUGUCCUAACCUUCUUCUGCCUGUCCCUAAACCCACUGCCCUCCCUGCUGGGUUCUGAUACCCCAGGGACCAGUGGUCUCACUUUGGGUCACGGGCCGUCCAGGACACUUUCUUGGUUUCCAAGUCAUACUCAGGACUUUGGGUCCUGGGUGCGGUGUCUUUUGCCGUGGGUGAUGGCCUGGGUCUUGAGUGGGGUGGGGGCUGUGUGGGGCUGUGCCAGAGUGCUGUACCUAUGGGAGCCUGUCACACCCCUCCACUCCCCAAAAUCUGUGUCAUUCUGGAGGCAUCGCAAACAAGCAGACUUGCAUUUAAAGAGAGGGGAUUUCACAGCAGCCAUGGCAAGUUUGGAAACCAGCCUGUCCAUUUUGAAUAGAGCUCUACCAUCCACUAAUCUCGAUCUGGCCUGCUCCCUUUCCUGGAAUCUAAUUCGCUACUUCAUACAUCGCCCCACUCCCCUGGGAUGGCUGGUUCACCAAGUCGGAGGCAGGCAUGAGGGAGACGAGGCAAGAACUAGUGCGAAAGAUGCAGCUCUAGUUUACCACAGACUGAGCCAGCUGCAGCUCACAGGAAAGUUGCCGCAGCGUAGCCACUGGUGGGCCCUCUCCCUGUCUUUCAGCGCUGUUAACUUGAGUGAGAGCGCCCAAAGCAAGAUGGUACCCGCUGAGCUUAUUCAGAUUUACAUUACUGCAGCCACAGCCUUGCGCACUGUUCUGGGUCAUCACCUCACCUUUCUGCCUAGUUAUCUCUUGAGCUGUGCUGAGAGUGUGGCUAACCAAGCAGACACCAAGCCCAUCCCUGACCAGCUGCGGUGGCUUUUCACUCCAUUAGGCAAACAGUUCUUCUUGAGCUGUGAUUGGUCAGUGAAGUCUGAUAACGAUGAUGGAGUCUACACUUCUCAGAGGGACCCAGCUGAUCCUCUGGCCCAGCUGCACCGUGGGUUCUGCAGAAAGCUUUUGGAGAGAGCAGUUCACACUCUCAUUCAGCCUCAAACAGACUCAGAUGCAGAUAAACGCAAGAGUGACUCAGGGGAGUUUUCUGGUGCUCUUGAGUUUCUCCAGUUGCUGAACAGCUGCACAGAUGAGUCAUCUUCACCGCCUCCUUCUUUUGCCACUCCCCCUAGUCACACCAUCACUUCAGUGGGAGAUCCAGUGAGUCGCUGGUGGGCGUUGGUCUUAAAGGCUGCAGUUCAUUGGCUGCAGGGGGACGAUGUCACUGUAAAGUCAUUGCUGGCUGAAGCCGAGCGCAUGCCCAGAGCUCUACACACUCUCGACCAUCCUCUUCCCAAGGCUCUGCUGCUGCUUUGUAAAACAGUGCAGAUGAGUCUGGCUCCUCUCAAAGGAGAAGGCCUCGUCGCCUGCCUGUCCCACUGUGACAGGGCCAGUAGCUACCUGCGCUCCAGCAUCUCUGUGCCUCUGACUCAGUCAGGCAACUACCUGCACAAGGGUGUGGAGCUCCUUGUGUGUGACCUCCUGUUGACCUUAAGGACAAGUCUUUGGCAGCGGGGUGGCAGCAGUAAUGGAGAACCAGCUCCGGGACCAUCAUCUAUACUGCCUGGGUUUCAGAAGGACCUCAGUGCACUUCGAAAGCUCACUCAGUGUUACAGACAAGCUCAGCACAAGGUUUUUCUGCAUGAGACAACGGUUCGACUGAUGGCUGGCGCUAGCCCCACACGGACACACCAACUUCUAGAGCACAACCUUCGACGGAGAACAAACAGCUCCUACUCAAGCGGUGAGUGUGUCCUAGGAGAGAGGGAGAGGGCCCAUGCCAUCCUACUGGCCUGUCGCCACCUUCCUAUGCCUCUCCUAACCCCACCCGGGCACCGCGCUCGCCUGCUGGCUGAGGCCAAGCGCACCCUGGAGAGAGUGGGAGACAGACGUUCUCUUCAGGACUGUCAACAAAUCCUGCUCCGCCUCAGUGGGGGGACUACUAUUGCCGCUUCAUGAACCCAUCCCAACUCAACAAUGACCAAUCUCUGACCAUGACUUAUUACUUCCUGUAAAUAUCUUUUUCAGAAGCACUUGCAGCUGUUUAUUUUAUUACUGUAUCAGCCUCUGUCAAUUUGACCACCUUUUAUAAACAAUCUAAACAUUUUUGUAAUUGAGCUAUACCAUAGCACCCUCUGCAGAUCAUAAAGGGUACCACAUUUGCUCAAAGCCAAAUUUCUAACAUGCAACUCCACCAGGAAAAUCAGGUUUAAUUGCUUCCAAAGGGAAAAGGGACCAUCUCCUGUUUGUAUAACACAAUUUCAACACUGUUAAUUGAUUAGAAAUUGAAAACGAAACUGUACAAUCAUUAUUGGCACAUAGCAAUGAUAGUGCUGCAGGCGUGUCUCAUUUAUUUAUAAAUCUACACAAAGGGAUUUCAGAUGUGUGAUCUGUCAAAUAUGGUCACUUUGGGGCUGCAGCAUUUGCUUUUUCUGUACAGUGCUGAGUGGUGACUCUUCUUAUCUACCUCAUACUGUACAAACCCAGCAUUGUGCUAAGGAGCAAAAUCGGAUAUGUGCCCUCACACCCAUAUUGUAUAACCCGCGAGUACAUGAAGUGGACUACUGACACUUUACUUUAUUGCAGCCGUAGUAGGGAAAAAUUCAAAGCAUAUUCUAUUUUAUAGGUUAGAAAACAGCACAGCAACUGUGUUAUUGUUCAAGGACUGGAUAGGACAGUGAGGUCAUUGGAUAGGAUAUUUAAAGUUUAACUUCAUCUAUACAAAUUUCCAUAAUUUUGUAUAUAGUGUAUAUAUUCAAAAAGGUCUAGAGAUAAACAGGAUGACUUGAUUUACUGCUGAGAGGAAACAUAUAAAAAAAAAAAAAAAAACUGUGAGGCAUCAACUGAGGAAGCCAUGCUCCGCUCAUAGAAGCAGAGGCCAUUAAGGUUCAUGUGAACACAGUUGAAAAUUAAUUACUAUAAAGUUCAAACUUUUCUGUACAUUGAUGUUGCUCUUGAGCUGAAAUUGCCUUGAUAAUGUGUAGAAAGAAAAUAUUUUAUAAUGUUUUAUUACAUUUAAAAUAAUGGAUGAGAGGUGUCCUGACAAAUCUUUUGUCCACUUUGCUUUUUAUUGUGAUUGUAUGUCUUUUGUCUCUGCAGUUUUGUGUACUUGUUUAUUUAAUGCCUAUGUUCAUAUCAAAGCAUAUGCUUCUCUGUGAAGCCCUUUAAAUCCAGGUCUUUUUUUAUUCUUAUCUUUUUCAUUUUCAAUUAGAUCAGAUUAUGCAGCAUUACAGUUACAGUGAAUGCCACAGACAUGUUGUAUUUGAGCUCACAACACAUAACUGAAAUAAAUACACAAGUAUUUCCUUGCAGAACAGCGUAUGAUCUUGCAUUCUGAGCUUCACUUCUCACAAAUAUACAGAAGGGUAAUAAUAAAGGUUUUAUAAAAAGAUAAA